CCCGUGAACGUGCCCGUGUCCCUGGGAGGUCCUGGUCCUGGUCCUGGUUCCAUCUCGGUGACAUUGCCACCCUCAACCAUGAAGCUGUCAAAGCUGUCCAACCAGACGAAUUCCCAGGAUCCGCAGGCGGUAAACUCGCGCAUCUUUGUGGGCAAUUUGAAUACCUUCCAAUGCUCCAAAACGGAUGUGGAACGCAUGUUCCAGAUCUAUGGCCGACUGGCGGGCAUAUCCAUGCAUAAGGGCUAUGCCUUUGUGCAGUUCACCAACCCCUUCGAUGCCCGCAAUGCCUGCCACGGCGAGGAUGGCAAGACGGUCCUCAGCCAGACCCUAGAUGUGAACAUGGUGGCCGAACCGAAGGCACACCAGAUCGGAAGGAAGCGACAGAAUGUGAGCAAGACGGGAAACGAUUGGGACUACUUCUACGACAGCUACUGCUCCUCAACCCUGCUGCGGGGCGGUGGCGGCGGAGGCGGCGGAGGCUCCAAUGGAGUCCGUGCAAAGAAGCGGAAGCGCCUGAUGACCAAUGGAAACGGCCUGGCUGUGGCCGUGCAACAGCAGCAGCAGCAGCAUGGGCAGCACCAUCACAGUGCAGCCGCGGUGGCCGCUGCUGCGGCGGCAGCCGUCCACCACCAGCACCAGCAACAGCAGCAGCAGGCGCAGCAAGUGCAGCAGCAGCAGCAACAGCAGCACCAUCAUCAGCAGCAGGUGGCUGCCGUUGCCAUGGCGGCCAUGGCCAAUUUGUUGCCGCAACAGCAGCUGCUGCUGCAUCAGCAGAGUCUGCUCUCAAAUGCCGCCACCGCGGCGGCAGUGGCCACCACGGCAGCCACAACGGCGGCUCCCGGUGCCCUCCACUGGUCCCAAUACAAACAGGAGCAACAGCAUUCGCAUCCGCACCAGCAUCCCCAUCAGCAUUCGCAUACACAUCCGCACCAGCACCAGCAGCAGCAGCCCCAGCAGUUUGGAUUUCAGCUGAAGAGCAGCGUGGCUGUCCAGGCGACGACAUCGCCGCAAAAUGCAAAGUCAGCAAUAAUUGCUAAUCAAACGGCGCUCGCCGAGCAGUACCCGGGUGGAGUCAACGUCGGAGUUGGAGUCGGUGUUGGGAAUGGGGCCGCAGCCUUUGCCCAUCAGCAGAAUCAUCAACAGCAGCAGCAGCAGCAGCAACAACAAUUGGGAUGUCUGCUGCAACCAUUGACGCUGGCAUUGUCCCCACAGCAGCCGCAGCCUCAUCAGGCGGCAACGCCGCUUCAGUUGCACAGCCAAUUGAUGCAACAUCAACAGCAGCAGCAACAACAACAGCAGCAACAGCAACAGCAGCAGCAACAGCAGCAGCAGCAGCAACAGCAGCAACAACAAGCACAGGAGCAAUUAAGUUUGCAUCAGCACUGGGGACCUUUCAAAGUGUACAGCAAUCCGGACACAUUAAUCUGCGGCAAUUGCCGGGAAUGCUUCGGCGAGCUGUCUGAGUUAUUGGACCACAAGAAAAGUUAUUGCAAGCUGAGGUUCACAUGCAAGUGCCAGGAUGUUGCCUUUGCGGCCAGUGCAAAAACGCCACCAUCGAGCGCCAAAUUGCUUUGCGCCGUUUGCAAGGAUGCUUUCGCCAAUCCCUGGGAUUUGAUGGUCCACGCACAGGCCGCGCACAUGGUUAACAUUUACGAGUUGGGCGAUGAGGCAGCCAAUGCCAAUGCCACCAACAGCGGCGCCGCCACGAACAACCACACAUUGAACAAUGCCAGUGCAACAGUGGAGAAUGGUCAUGCAACGCUGGCCGCUGAUGAGGCUGCCACAAAGCAGAUGCCUGCGUCAUCAACACUUAACAAGGAGCCCAAUAACAAUCACAAAAUUAGCAACAAUAAGCACAGUACCAGCAAUGGCCACAUGUCGCCCACAGGCGAGGGCAUUGUUCUGGCCGGAUCGGUAGAGAAUGGAGCUGCCAGCGACACGGAUACAAACUGCUUGGUGGACAUCAAGUUCAGUCCAAGCCCCAGCCCCAAGGAGGACCAGCAGCGUGACGACCUGUCGCUGGACGGCCGGAUGUCCAGCAGCUCGCAGCAGACGCACCACUCGGACGAGAAGCUCCUGAACGGGUCCGUAUCUUCGCGGGGCAGCUCGCCAGGACUCGAGCCCGAUGAGCCGCCGGCCACUCGCGCCUGCAUUGUGCGAACUCUGAGUAUUGAGACUUCUGGCCCCACUACGGCACCAUCGGCGACCACUGCUCUGAGCCUGAUGUCGAAUAGCCUGAGUCUGGCCCUGGCCCCACAAUAGGUCGAUCGGGCAGCAGUAUUCAGAGAGAACUGCCUUUGGAUUGGGGUCUUGUGAGGUGUUUAUCUUUAUCCGAUACCCGAUAAAAGUGCAAUUCUUCAGUAUUUUUGUAACAGACUAACCGGCGGGAAGAGGACGUUAAUUACAGCAAACAUAUCAUUUUAAAUUAGCUAUAGAUAUACAUAUGUACGUAUGACAUACAGAUAAACCAGAUAUAACUACGGUAGCUAUUACAAUUACAAAGAGGUGUACGAGGUAUACGUAUAUUCGUAUGCAAGUGUACAAUAAUUGUAAUCGUAUUGGUCUUUUAUGUUUGGGUUGUUCGCAUGUCCUUUGGGUUUAGCGUUUCAAACGAGGAUAUUUGUUGGGGUUUCAGAACUGCAAAAGUGAACGUAUAGGUAAAAUUAUGGAAGGCUUAAGCUGUCAGCGUCUGUCCGCAGAGUGGGGGAUAUGUGUAUAAUGUUACAAUGGGACAAUGUGGCAGAUUAAACGGGAAACGGCAACGAGCUUUGUAUAUAGUUAAACAGCAAUUACAAGGAUACAAAUUAAAGAAUCAUAAGAUCAUUGUUAAUGCCCAGGCUUUCAUUGUAAUUUAAUUUUUUUUUAUAAUCUAUCAAGCUUAAUUAUCGUAGCGAGACAACAAAAUGAAGCCACGCAAAUUGUAUAUCAGAAGUAUAUCAGAAGUAGCAUAGGAACAACAGGUGUUUCAAAAACAAAUUCGGAGAAACUUGUGCGGCAGAGAGCUCUAUUAUAUAGUACUAUAAUCACAUACGCGUAAACUUAAUAACUAUAUAAUCUGUAAUACCCACAAAUAUCAAAAGUAGCGGCUAUGUAAAUAGGAUAAACCUAUACUUUAUGUACUAGCAGGCAACCAAAAUUUGUAACUAGUAAAGGUAACAACAUUCAAUUCAAUGUCCUCCAGCUUAAGCAUAUAAACAAGCAAAUGAAAUGUAUUAAAC